AUGGGCUCCGUCGAUAUCCCCAAGAAAUACAAGGCCGCUGUCUACGACAAGCCCGGGUCUAUCUCGACUAAGAUUGAGGAGCUGGAUAUGCCUGAGCCGGGCGCGGGACAGGUCUUGAUUAAUUUAACGCACUCUGGCGUCUGCCACUCCGACAUGGGCGUCAUGAUGAACUCGUGGUCUAUCCUGCCCUUCCCCACACAAGCAGGCCAAGUAGGCGGGCACGAGGGCGUGGGCAAGAUUGUCAAGAUGGGCCCCGGCACCGACGGCGCAGCGGUCAAAGUAGGAGAUCGCGUGGGCAUCAAGUGGAUGUCUGGCAUUUGCGAAGCGUGUGAAGCGUGUCGGGCGGGCAUGGAUGCGAACUGCUUCAGUGGGAAAAUCUCGGGAUACUACACCCCCGGCACCUUCCAGCAAUACGUCCUGUCCCCCGCGAACUACGUCACGCCCAUCCCGGACGGCCUCGACUCGGCCGCCGCCGCGCCCCUGCUCUGCGCAGGCGUAACCGUCUACGCCGCCCUGCGCAAGACAAACGCCGACUCGGGCAACUGGGUCGUCGUCUCGGGCGCAGGCGGCGGCCUGGGCCAUCUCGCCGUGCAGUUCUCUGCCCGCGGCAUCGGCCACCGCGUCAUCGGCAUCGACCACUCGAGCAAAAAGGACCUGGUGCUCGACUCGGGCGCAGAGCACUUCAUCCCCGUCGACGGCACGGCGUCGGUCGUGGAUGCCGUCAAGGAGCUCACCAGCGGCCUGGGCGCGCAUGCCGUCGUCGUGUGCACGGCGAACAACGCUGCGUACGGCCAGGCGGUCGAGCUGCUGCGGUUUGGCGGGCGUGUGGUCUGUGUUGGGAUCCCCGAGGGCGAUGUGGUGCCGAUCCAGUCUGCGAAUCCGGGACUGCUGGUUGGCAAGGCGCUGCAGAUUGUGGGGUCGGCCGUGGGGACGCGGAAAGAGGCGAUUGAGACGAUGGAGUUUGCCGCCAGGGGGCUGGUCAAGACGCACUUUCGCACCGAGAAGAUGGAGAAGCUCAACGAUGUGUUUAACGAGAUGUUUGAGGGCAAGCUCAAGGGGCGGGUCGUGCUGGAUUUGUCGUAG